GAAAUGAUUUAUUUCUUGUAGCAGUUCAUGAACUGGGACAUGCUUUGGGAUUGGAGCAUUCCAAUGACCCCACUGCCAUCAUGGCUCCAUUUUACCAAUACAUGGAAACAGACAACUUCAAACUACCUAACGAUGAUUUGCAGGGCAUCCAGAAGAUAUAUGGUCCACCUGACAAGAUUCCUCCACCUACAAGACCUCUACCGACAGUGCCCCCACACCGCUCUAUUCCUCCGGCUGACCCGAGGAAAAAUGACAGGCCAAAACCUCCUCGGCCUCCCACCGGCAGACCUUCCUAUCCUGGAGCCAAACCUAACAUCUGUGAUGGGAACUUUAACACUCUAGCUAUUCUUCGCCGUGAGAUGUUUGUUUUCAAGGACCAGUGGUUUUGGCGAGUGAGAAACAACAGGGUGAUGGAUGGAUACCCCAUGCAAAUUACUUACUUCUGGCGGGGCUUGCCUCCUAGUAUCGACGCGGUUUAUGAAAACAGUGACGGGAAUUUUGUCUUCUUUAAAGGUAACAAAUACUGGGUGUUCAAGGACACAACCCUUCAACCUGGUUACCCUCAUGACUUGAUAACUCUUGGAAGCGGAAUUCCCCCUCAUGGUAUUGAUUCAGCCAUUUGGUGGGAGGACGUUGGGAAAACCUAUUUCUUCAAGGGGGACAGGUAUUGGAGAUAUAGUGAAGAAAUGAAAACCAUGGACCCUGGCUAUCCCAAGCCAAUCACAAUCUGGAAGGGGAUCCCUGAAUCUCCUCAGGGAGCCUUUGUGCACAAAGAAAAUGGCUUUACGUAUUUCUACAAAGGAAAGGAGUAUUGGAAAUUCAACAACCAGAUACUCAAGGUAGAACCUGGAUAUCCAAGAUCCAUCCUCAAGGAUUUUAUGGGCUGUGAUGGACCAACAGACAGAGAUAAAGAAGGACAUAGCCCACCAGAUGAUGUAGACAUUGUCAUCAAACUGGACAACACAGCCAGCACUGUGAAAGCCAUAGCUAUUGUCAUCCCCUGCAUCUUGGCCUUAUGCCUUCUUGUAUUGGUUUACACUGUGUUCCAGUUCAAGAGGAAAGGAACACCCCGCCACAUACUGUACUGUAAACGCUCUAUGCAAGAGUGGGUGUGAUGUAGGGUAUUUUCUUUCCUUUCUUUCUUUUCCAGGAGUUUGUGGUAACCUGAGAUUCAAGACAAGAGCUGUUAUGCUGUUUCCUAGCUAGGAGCAGGCUGUGGCAGCCUGAUUCGGGGCUGACCUUUCAAUCCCAGAGGGUUGCUGGUCCUGCACAUGAGUGGAAAUACACUCGUGGGGAAGCUUCCAUGAUACACAGUAUCUGCCGUUCUUCAGUCCUUUGUCUUUCUUUGUCAUUCAGUUUUAGGCCUUUCCUCUGCACGCUCAAUGCCCAGUAAAAUUUCAGGAUUAACUAAAGAAGAGGAAAAAAGAAGAAAUGAUUCUUCUUAAAGGUUCCUAAUAUUA